AUGAAUGGUUUUAUUAUCGGAGGAAGACAACAAAAUGAUCAUCAGCACAAGGAGAAGAGAAAUUAUUUACUAAUUAAUGGCAGGGUAAAGAGAGAAAAUUCUCUACAAGAUUUGAUUGUUGAAUGGAGUAGCAGAGUGGAAGGAAAAUUGGAAGGAAAGAGCAGAAUAUUUGUCAUCGGAGAGAGGAUUGAAGAAUUGGCAAAUUAUUUGGCAUUGUCAACAAGUUUUAUUGAACAAUUUGAAAAACGAUGGAAUUUAAAGAGAAAGGAAUUGGAAGAAUUAUUUAUGAAAUUGGUUAGCGAAAGGAAAUUUACAUCAAAAUUCCUGAUGAAAUAUCUAAGUAUGCAAAAUGAUGAAAAUAAUGGCAUACAAAAGAGUGAAAGAAAAAUUCAGAGAAAUGCUCAAUACUCAACCUCGGAUCAUAUUUCUAAAAAUUUAAAAUCCUUGCAAAGUGAAUAUUACAAAAUAAUCGAUGUUUUGAGGAAGAAUGGUGUUACCAAUCCUGGUCAAUAUAUUGAAAGUCAUCAGGAAAUAUUACAAAGACUUUAUGGAACGAGUAAGGAACGUAAUUUGGUCUUGAACUCGAUUAUUUCCACUGAGAACCCUCUUUCCAUUGGUUCUAAUAUUCAAAUGGACUAUAACACGCGAGAGGAUUUGAAUGAUAGUACUUUUCGAGCACCAGAAGAGGAGGAAGGAUUCAUGAGGUGUUUCUUGCAAAAGUUUGAUGAUUCAUUCAACCUGCAUGAAUUGAAAGUUGGAGAAAUGGAUGUGAUAGAUUUGGAAAUACUUAUUCGCUCACCAGCCAUUACUCCACAAUCCGUUCUCAACCACCACGUAAACGUACCCAUUGGAUUUAUUUCAAAACAUUUGAAUGAAAUAUCUAUCCACCAAAGAGUAAGCCCAAUCUGCAGUAAGGUAAAAGUAACAAUUGACCAAUGUUGGAAUGAAAUGGAAAAGAUUUUGGAAGGUCAACUGGGACAUGAAGUGAUAUCAAACUGGAAACUGAAAGAUAUUUUGAGAGCCUAUACAAUUGGAAAGACCAUUACGGAUUCUCAUUCAAACCUGUUAGACUCUCUAAAUGACAUGUUUACAUUCUUUCAAAGCACAACUAUAACUGGGUCUAAGGAAAAAGUAGAUGCCAAAUAUUCUAAGCUUUGUGAAGAAGUAUCACAAUUGGACAAGUAUCGUGACUUGUACCAUCACAUAUUCCAAUUUAAUUCUGAGGCCGUUCAUCUAAUCAAUAGAGUAGUACAAAAAUUCUUCAAGGAAUCCGAAGAAGCCAGAGAAUUCAAAACUUCACAAGUGAAACAACAAGCAAAACACAAACUCAGCAUGUAUAAUCAUUUACACAGACUUGCCAGAUAUCUGUUACAAAAACCGUCCUAUUCGUUUCUGGAUAAUGACAAAGAUGAAAGUGGAAUAGCUUUCUUUGAGAUGCACGACCAGUCGAUAGAAAAAAGAAGAGAACUAGCUCGAAAUUUCAUUUCCAACCCCUCAUCAUCCUCCCUACAUCAAAGAGAUGAACAUAUCAAUACUAGCAUUGUGGAAAUACAACAAUUAAUAUCCAACAUGUUGAACAAGUCCCUUAGCACAUCUGAUAUUAAGACACUACAAGAAUCAGUCUCCUCCUAUGAAGAUAAUGUAGAAAUUGCAAAGGGAAAUACAGAUCUCUUCCCCCAGAAAGGAAUCUCCCACCUUGCUCAAACAUUAGAGUCAAGAUUUAACAAGUUGAAUAAUGUUCAGCAUAUUGAAUCGUCAAACACAGAAUCUUCACCAGAGCAAAAUUUUCCAUCAAUCACUUCAAUAAGGAAACAGGUUAUGAAUUUCCUUACCACAUUUGUUUUGAAAUCCAGCAUAGGUAAGGACACAGAGGAACAUCUGGUCGGAAUAUUUGGAUGUAUGUCUCCAAUUCCUGAAAGUGAAUUAACUCUAUACAGGCUCAUGACCUAUGACUAUCAACGAGCAAGACUAUUCAAAAUCUUGACAGACAAGGGUGUACAUCUCCUACCUCAAACCCAUCUCCUCAUCAAAGACCUUGUCUCUGAAAAGUAUACAUGGUUAAGUACCAGUCAAAAGUUGAAACAUUAUAAGGCUGCCUACUGUGAAGCUCAUUAUUUUAACGAGAUGAGCCAGGAAGAGAUUACCACCUAUGAAGAUAUUCUACUGAGAGCGGUUCCACUUUUAAUAAGGAGAGGGCAAGACAUUAGCUCCAAUUACACACUACAUGAUAGAAUUUCCUCAUUGAAAGAUCUCAUCAAAAGAACAAGACUCAACCUCAAACACUCCAAGCAAUCGCUACAAUAUCCAUCCCUUGUAUUGCUCAAAUUUCUCUACCAUAACACUUCUCAAAUUGAGCAGAAAGAAUUAAUCUUUUCGAAAUGGAAUCAAUUUCAUCCAAGUCAUUUCAAAUACAUUCUAACAUCACCCAAUAACAAUCGAUAA